GAUUCACUAGAAUUAUUUCAUAAAUCAUCACUGCAUUAAAUAAUUUAACUUUUUUAAAAAAAUAAUUAACUUUUUUUAAUUUAUAUGGUUUAUAAAAAGAAAUAAUUUUUAAUAAUGAACGUUUUCACACCAAAAGUUAAAAACUCAACGUAUAUUUGUGUUAUUAGAUUCUUUUCGCAGUAUACUGCAAAUAGUGGAACUAUAAAUGUCCAUGAGAUAGAACACCAUUCUAACAUGAAAGAAUACUGGUGGAAUAAAAAAGGGCCUUUAAAAUCAUUGCAUUCACUUAAUCCAUUAAGGGUAUCAUUUUUGAUUAAUGGAUUAUUAAAUACAAAAAAUAUUAAUUCCAUGAAUUUGAAUACAACUAGUAGAUUAAAAAAUAUUAAAAUACUUGAUGUUGGUUGUGGAGGAGGUAUUUUAACUGAAGCUUUAUCACGUUUAGAUGGUGAUGUCACUGGAAUAGAUGCCAGCAAUGAAUUAAUUGAAGUUGCCAAAAACCACUCUUUAUCAAUAAAACAUAAAAAAAUCAGAUAUGUUAAUGAGCCUAUUGAAGACCAUGUUAGAAAUAAUGUAGGAAUGUAUGAUGUAGUGGUAUCAUCUGAAGUAAUAGAACAUAUAUCAAACAAACAGAGUUUUUUAACAAGUUGUGUUGAGUGUUUAAAACCAGGUGGAUCACUUUUUAUUACAACCCCAAAUAGAACUUUCAUUUCUUGGUUGAACAUAGUAGUAUUGGGUGAACAAUUUGAUAUUAUUCCUAAAGGUACUCACGAAUGGGAAAAAUUUAUUUGCCCACACGAACUGCAAUCUAUAUUAGAAAUGAACUGUAAUUGCAAUACUGUGUCAAUAAAUGGUUUAAGUUACAAUCCAUUAACAAAUUUUUGGAGCUGGGCUAAUACAACAAAUUUAACCUAUGCAUUACAUGCAAUUAAAAAUAAAUAAAAUUUAAACUAAUUAUUGUUAAUAAUUAAACAUCUAACAAAAUG